AUGGCGGAUGCAAUCCUAAGAAGAGAAAUUAAGCGGCUUGUAGAGGAACAGAAAGUCCUCAACCAACGGCUGCAGCGAAAGCCACCAGCAGCAGCGGGGCCGAGGCCCGACGCAAACAAAGAUAAGGGAGACAACGCAGAAGAUGGAGGAGCAGCAGGGCAGCAGAAACGCCCAGCAGUGAGACACAAGCAACAGCAGCAGCAGCAGCAGCAGCAGCAGCUGCUGCUGCUGCAGCAGUAG